ACAUUCUAUUGUCUCCUAGAGAGACCUUGGAAUCCCUGUGAUGUCACCAGUAUCGUUGUGACAACCAAUUCCCUACUUUUUCUCUUAGUGUCCAAAGGAUAUAUCCACAGGCAUGUUUGCCCGUCUUUGUAGGCGCUUUGGGAGAGUUGAUGUUGAUAGAGAAGAGUCUAGAGUGAAGCAAACGAAACCUAAAGAGGCCUGCAGACAGACGUCAUCCCCUGAAAAUGUCCUAAACAAGGUGCAGGCCAACGAGGAAGAGGAGAGGCUGAAUAGAGAACUGGAGCUAACUACCAAGGAGAGAAAUGAGCUGACAGAUCGCCUCCUUUAUGUGACAGGUGGAUCCAUGAGCAAGAGCCCCUACUUUAGGCCAAAUCCAUUUUAUGAAAACUUGAAGAUAAAGGAGAAAGAGGUCAUGUCAUUACUGCACAACUUAGACACAAAGAACAUUGAACAUCGUGAGAAAUUUCAGGAGCUCAAGAAGGAGAUUAACUUCUAUCGGUAAGUACUGGUCAAAAGGGCCCAUCACUUGUGGAAUAUCCAUUGCUGCCUCUCUUUG